GAUAUCCUUUUAACGAGACAAAAAGUUAUUACUGAUAUAAUUUCAUAUGAUGACUGCGUUGUCAGAGAAUUCAAAGAAUAACCUUAAGAAAUUUUCAUCACCUAUCGAAGAGUAAAGGUCUAGGAAAUCAGCCUUCCGUACGUAUACUACUUUAUUUAUGUGACAAAAUCAUAGUGGAAAUUACUAUCACUGCAUGAAAUUUGUCUCAUUUUUUUCAGUUGGAAGCUAGCCAUCUAGUAGUAUAUAUACAAUAGAAGCUUGUAGAGGAAUUCGCUCUUUUAGAGGUUAUUGAGGUUAAUGUUCGAUUCUCGUCUUACAGGAGUUACAUUGCAGGUGAAUACAAUUUUGCAGCUGUUUCAGCACAGAUUAACAACAUGGAGGCAAAGGAGAGGGAAAAACCAUUGGUCAAAGACUUGAGCGAACAUAUCGUGUGCCCCCUCUGCAGAGGAUACCUCAUAGAUGCUACAACUCUUGUGGAAUGUCUGCACUCCUUUUGCAGAGGUUGCAUCGUUCGACGUCUGAGUAGCGGCGCCCGCGCGUGUCCCGUGUGUAGCGCCGCGACGUCGCCACCGCUCCUGCCGGAUACGCAGCUCCAGCGGCUGGUGUACCUCACCGUGCCCGGUCUCUUCCGAUCAGAGCUCGAACGUAGACGUCACUUCCGUCUGGUGAAUCCGCAAUGUCCGCCGUUAACACCGCCCGUGGGCGCUCUCGAACUCACCCUGGAGGAUUUCAUCAGUCUGAGCUUGCAAGAGCUAGACGACACGGAAGACAGGACGCCGAAGGAGAAUCACGAUUCAUCGAGGAGGAACAAGGUCCUGGCGGGAGGUGAUGGUAGAGGCGGAAGCACGAGGUAUCUCAAGUGCCCGGCCGCCGUGGCAGUGCGUCAUCUAGUGAGACUGCUGAUGCUAAAGAGAGGAUGGGAGGAGGCUAACGCGAACAUCAACGGUGUCAAUAAUAGGAUAGAAAUUAUGUACCAGAAAGAUACGCGACACUCCGACGGAGAAAGGAUGUACCCGCUCGAUCCCUCUUGGACGCUUCUAGACCUCGCUUGCAUAUUUCACUGGAAGAGGAAAACACCAAUGAAACUGUUCUACCGGGUGAUACGAAAGGAGAAGGCGGCGGAUUCGAUUUCAAAAGAUUCCUCAUACAAAGACAAGGACGCGUCUGAGGAUGUUCCGUCGGCAAUGGAAAGUAUACAGCGACCACCUACUCCACCGCCGAGUCCCAAUCGCGAGCAGGAAGCGGAAGCUCGCAGCGCGGAGCCACCUCGUGCUCUCGAGACGAACGUCGAUAUCCACGAUAAAGAGACAAAAACGAAAAAGCCGCGAUGUGAGGUGACACCUGUCAUGCGUACCCCGGACCCCCCAUCGACCACCGAAUUAUUAACGAACAAUCGUCGUCAACAGACGACACCGGAGAGCGCGAGGAGCAAGGAUAUGGCAAGGUUGGAGCAUCGAAAGCGACACAAACGGCGAAAUAAGCGAGUGAUCGCGGAGAUUACCACAACGCCGCGCGAAGAUCUCCUCAAGUUCAAGGUUCGCCUGACGCCAUGUCCUCCGAGGAUCACUUCCGGGGCGACAGGUGGCAGCGGAGGUGGAAGCGGUGCAAAUAGUCCGACGAAGGAGAAGCUGCUGCAGAUGCGAGCAGUUAGACGCGACAAGAUCAAGUCGCUCGUCCAUCAACGAUCGCCGGCGAGUCCGCUAACUCGACAGGAGACCAAGUCCAAGGAGUACGUUGUGGCAGAGGCGGAGGAAACGAUCGAGGAUAUUAUUGACAGCAUUCCCGACGAGGUUGUGCGUAUCGCGCAGAACAUAAGCAAUCAAAACGAAGAGUCUAAAUCCAAGGAGUGCGCCGCGGCGAAACAGAAGACCAACAAGGAGAUGGUAGAAUCGACUUCGAAAACUUCCAAGAGCAAUGACGUACCGGAAAGACCGAAGAAAGACGAAGAGAUUCUGCGGCGACUCGGCCUGGUAGCCGUUAACGAGGCCGGUGGUGACAAAACGGCGAAGCAACGCGCGCAGAGUGGCAAUGACAAGGCGGACUGUCUGAGUCGUGAUAAGUUGGAGAAGCAGUUACGUGAAAACAAGGCGAACCGCGUGCGUAGCUUACUGGCGGAGAAGAAGAUGCGCGACGCGCUCAAAACUAUUAUUUCCACGAAAGAAGAACUAGCGUCGUCCGUCAUUAAGACGCCAACGUCCAUUCUCACUUCCGUUUCCGCACCCGCCGCCGCCGCCGCCGCCGCCGCCGCCGUCGUCCCAUCCGCGUCUGCCGCGCCCAAGGUCGUGGCAGCGCCUGUCACGCCGAAGAAGAAGGAACCACCGCCGUUGACGCCUCUACGUGUCGCGAAACCUUCUGGUUUUGCCGCGACCAGCGUGAUAGUGUCGAAUAUCACUUCCAAGUAUGAAAAACCGUUAGACCUCAGCAGCGCCGGCACCACUAUCAAUGACAACGUCCUCGAUCUGUCUUCUACGUUUCCCGGCAGUCAGUCCAUUCUUCCAUCUUUCUCGUCCACCUCCUCCUCCUCCUCCUCUUCUUCCUCCUCCUCCUCGUCAUCUUCGCCCUCUUGCUCUUCCUCUUCCUCAGCUUCUUCCUCGCCAUCGUCAUGCUCGAUGUCUUUGCCGUUGUUGCCGUCGUUGCCAGUGCGAUCCACCGCCAGCAACAACAAAUCCAAGGAGUUGGAACAGCAGCGCGGCAAGGGACAGCAAGAAUCGAAUCUGAAAACUCUCUCGGAUGCCGCGGUGUCACGCCUGAGCGACUGCCUGGUCGAAAAGAAUCCAGCGGUGGUGGAAUCGCCGGCAUUGGCAGCCUCCGUCAAUGUAAACGCCACCGCCAAUAAGGUCGCUCUCCGCAUACCACAGCCGCAGAAUCGCAUCUCCGGUUUCGGCAUGAAAAUCAAGCCCAAUCUCGGCGUUCGCCACAUCCCGAACCCUCAAGCUGUCGUGGUCUCUCAAUAUCGUAAUCAAAAGUUACUUCAACGCAGUUACUUCAAUGUCGUCCAGAAGCCAAAACCAUAAACGUGUUUUUUAUCAUUAUUAAUAUAAUUAAUUUCUUAUUCCCUGCUUCUCUCUCUCUCUCUCUCUCUCUCUCUCUCUCUCUCUCUCCCUCUCUCAUUUAUUAUUUCCCUAUAAAUCAUUUCACUCGUUAAACUUCAAUAUCGAGAGCUAGAGCGCCACGAGAGAUGGAAUCUCUAUAUCUCUAUGAUCGAAAUAUAUAUAUAUACCUUAAGUAUUUCGCAAACUUUAUUACUCCAAUUGAAUUGAAAUUUUCCUAAAACGCGUGCGUGAUAAAAGAUUUUACUACUAUAUCGACAAAAAUCAAAUAUAAUAUUCAAUUAUCUUACUUGAAAUAAACAGUCGCUGUCUAUACAGUCACUAAACGAUGUCUUUUACUACGUAAAGCGCACAAAUUACGUAUUACGUUCGAUCUAAUUACCGCCAUCGACAUCUUAUUUUCCGAAGGGGAAGGAAGGGAAAGGUCGAUUAUUGUUAUCUAGAUACAUAUAUCAAAACUACAAAUUAUUAUAAUACUAUACACUUUACCUGUGUUAAUCUAUACUCUGUAUUUACUGGCGGAUCGAUUUGACAAACGGACUCACGCAAGAAAAUCUAUAACGCUUGAUGAAGCCGUAUCCAAUAUUCAAUAGAGAUGAUAUAGUUAGCGCGCGCGCGCGCGCGUGUGUGUGUGAGAGAGAGAGAGAGAGAGAGAGAGAGAGAGAGAGAGAAUGUUAGUUGAUAAAUGAGUAGAAUGAUAACAGCAAAACGAAUGAUAGCAUAAAUAUAAUAUAAUCGCCCGUUGUUUCUUCUUCAGAACUGUGCGAGAACUCCGAGUUCGCGGAAAGUGAACUACGGGUUCGAGUGCUCAAAGAUUUCUGUAAUAAGUUUAUUAUUUAGUAUAAUCGAGUAGAUCUCUUCAAGUUAGCAUCAAACUGAGCGUAUCUAUAUUUUUGAAUUUGUGUUACAUAUAUUUUUAUUAAAAAUCUUAUAUCACGUUUACAAUUUAUCAAAUAUUCUUAUCAUUGAAGAGGAAUGCAUUUUAGUUGACCAAAAAAGUUCCUUGUGUUUUACGUAUUAUUAUAAUGUAUUAUUAUAAUGUAUGUUUACUGUUGAAUUAUUUUAACUGCUUAUUUGUUGAUUUAAUUGUGUGUGUGUGUGUGUGUGUGUGUGUAGAAAACUCUUGAAACGUUUGUUGGGAAAAUAUUGAAAAUAUUUAAAAUAUUUAAAAACAAUUAUGAAGUAUGCAAUUUGUUUGAAUGUUCUCAAAGAUGUAAAUAAUAAACAAUCCCCCGUUUCAAGAAGAAACCGAUCACAUUACUGUUUAUGUCACAUUACUCUCAGGAAAUCUAUUCGAGACUCGAACUCGUAUGAAUCAUUUUUCUCGAGUAUAUAUGCGGGCCUAUCGCGUCGGAUGCGAUUUUUCCUUCUCAGAACUUAGCGAUUAACGAAACACAUGUAUAUGUAAUAAUUUGUAGAGAUGCCAAAGAACGCCCGAGAACGUGUGCAAUGUAUUAGUGCAAUUUAGUUAUCAUUUAACGUAAACAUAUAUAAUCGAUUUAUCGCUCGGCGAAUUAGCGGUGCCGAGAUAUAAAAGGUAGGUAGACAGUAUUCGUACGGACACAUACGAAUUGCGUGUGCGUGAUUUGUGAUUCCCUGAAGGGACUCCGUAGCAUAUAUAGACUUGUCCGAGAGACAAGAUGUUUUUAUAACAGCACAUUUUUGUGAAAUUUAUAAAAAAAAAAAGAAAUUUGUUACGAAAUCAGAUCGUAGAAAUAUCGUUACGAAUUAUGACCGCGCACUCCAGUGUGCGGCGAUGACCAAAAAAGCAAUGCGCCUUCUGACUGACAAGCGCGUAGGCCUUAAAUAAAACUGACGGAAUAAGUGGCGGAAAAAUUGCAAAUUCCACACGCCAUUUGGAAACAAUAAAACUUUUUUCAGCGAAUGUUAUUUAAUUCUUCCAACGAAUUCGCGACGUACAUUUUGUAAUUCCUGUAUUAAGAUAAAUCCCAGCAUACAUUUAUAUUGAUGUAUAGAAGCAAAGUUGAUAUUUUUAAUUUUUCUUUGCUAUUGAAUUAGAAAUGACGUAGCGAAGCUAAUGUUUAGCGUUUCUAAUCAAUAUUAAAAAUAAAACGAUUAUAUUAACAAAACCAUCCAAAUCUAUAUAUUUGUCUUAUUAAAAAAAUUUAGAAGAAAUUAAAAAUAUGAGUUUUGCUUCUACACUCCUCUCACAUAUAGAUAUCUAACAGAAUACGAGAUAUUGUAACAAAGAAUAGAUGCCAGUACCCUAAAUAAAUGGUUAUAUAUUGUAGAAGAAGAAAUCACUGGAUCAUAAAUUACAGAAUAAUUUCGAAUAAAAAAACUCGUAAACUUGAGAAAGAAAUGACCAAUCGCAAAAUAUAGCAUCAUUUUCAAAUUUAAUCUUGACUUAAUUGAGAGAUUGAUUGAAAAUUAUAAAAAAUAUUCUAUACGCAUAACAGCUAUAUUCCUAAGUGCGAACUGCAGCAAACGAUAAAAUGCGGGAAUAACAUUCGUAAAAGCCGGUUUUACUUCCACACGCGUUUACAAUACAGCCGAUGUAGAUCCCUCUAAUAUAACACGUGCAUUGAAAAAUAUAUAGCAAGUUCACACGAAACGAACUAUAUAAUUACAAUUUGAAAAAUAAAAAUGUGUAUUUGAUAAGAAAUUAUUCAAAGUGUCUUAAAUUUCCUUAAACGGUUGCUCUUCCUUAUCGUUUAUAUCGUAAUUUUUAAGCCCUUCUAUGCGAAGCUAAUGCUUGAUAAUGAAAGAUAGUUUUUUAACAGUUAUAAUAACAUAUUUUGAUAUAUUUUAAAAAGUUGUUUUUUAACAGUUAUAAUAAUAUAUUUUGAUAUAUUUUAAAGAAUUGAUUGAGAUAAAAUCGGCAUUUGUCACAAAGAAAAUUUUUCCAAUCACUAGAUUUAUUGUCAAAUGUUCCAAUAGUACAAUUUAUAAUAUACCGUAGAUGAGCAUAUAUUGCAAUUCAUUUGAAGGAAAUUUUGCAAUGUUUCUCAUAUUUGCAUUAUUGUCAAUGUGCCAAAACGCUGAAUGCAAAUUUUACAGUUUUUAUCAAUUAACGUGUAUGCUUUCGCGUCCAUCGUCUAAUUUUACUGAAUUUGACUACUAGAGAAUUGCUAUAGAGUUUCUCGACAAAUAGAUACUUUAUAAAUAUAUUUUUCACUAUAAAAAAAUUAUGCAUAUAAGUUAUGAAUUUUAUUGCUGCAAACUCUGAAAUGUUUCAGCAUCCGUAAAACUGCAAAAGAUUGCAUAUUCUUGGUUUUGGCGUAAUUCAUCACAAGUCAAUUAAUAACAGAUAGGAAUAGUAAACAAAUAAACAUAUAAUUUUCAUUGAAAAAAGAUCUAAGUUGUUGCCUGGACAUGUUCAUUGAUCCAGUGAAAUCGUAACGGUUUACUACAUUUGUAAAGGAAACUUGAGACGUUUAUAUGUAGAAAACCGGCUCCUAUAUACUCGAAUGAAAUCAAUGCAUGAAGCGACUUUCGAUUAAUAGUGUAGUUUCUAAUACACAGAACAGAACUGUGUUAAAACAUGAAUGUGACCAAGUAUAUUCAAACCGACAUUAGAAUGGGACUUAGCAAAUAUUAAUAUAAUUAUAGCGGAAAAUGAUAAGCAACAGAUUUAAAUGCCAAAUAAUAUAAAUUUAAAUAGUCAUUUAUUUCUACAAAUUUUAAAGUAAAAUUGUAACUAUUUUUUCCACAUUUCCUCAAAUUUUUUAUUGUUAAAAAUACAUAAUAUUUUUACGUAUUUAUGUCUCUUUAUUACAUCAGUGAUAAUAACAAUGAAAAGUCAAAUCAAUAAUGCAAACCAAAUUUACUCUUGGAAAAGUCAUUCAAUAAAAGAUUAAACACAAAGAUUAUGUAAGUGAUGAACACAAAUAAAAUUGAUAUUAAAUAAAUUUAUCACAAUAAUAACGUAGACAAAUGAAUAUCUGCUUCCGACGUGAAAAAUAUUAACGGCGAAGUAUUGAUAGUGAAAUAAUGAAGGCACAAGACACACACAUUGUCACCAACGAAAAUUAGAUUUGUCAUCAGGAAAAAAUAGGAUCGAUGUAUAAAAUCGAAAGAAAACUCAGAACGAAUGCUAAUGAGCAAACUAACAUGAUAAGAAUACGUAAGAAAUAAAAAGAAACGACAGCGGAUAAUUAAAAAACGCAAAAAAGUCAGAAAGAGAGAAAGUCAAGGUUAUCGUUAAUUAGAUCAGUCUUUGAUUCCCCGUAAUGAGAUCGCGUCAAUUAGUUGUCAUCGACACAAUAGAGCGCUUUCGAUAAUGUAAAAAGAAAGAAAGGAUUAAAUCAAAACUGCCAUUUUUUGCAAACAGGAAGAAAAGAGCUACGAUUAAUUCUCACUUUCAUUCACAGCGAAUUCAAAUACACGCGCUCGCACGCAUGCCUGCACAAAUAGGUACACAAGAGGGACCCAGAUUUCUCAAAACUAUUUUUCUAUCGCGUUUUUAAGUAACAGAAUGCAUUUAUUAUAUAUCUUAUAUGAGGUGUUACAUCGAAACAAAUUUCAGAAAGAUAUCAAAUUCUAUUGAAAGAAAAAAAUUAGAUCUGUAUCCGAAACUAUGUCAACAUUAUAGUCAAGUGUAAUAAUUUUUUUAAUCAACAUAAUCAUAAAGCAGUUUUUAACAUACCUUUACAAAUUCUGUCAAACGCAAGUAGUGCGAUAUACAAAAAAAAACGGUAUAUUUUACUACGUAAGAAAUUCGUUUGUUUCCUCGUUUUCGAUGUCAAAAUGUAGCACGAUCAAUUCAUUCAGCUAUUAUAAUUACUAUACCAGGGUAAAUAGUAAUGUCAAUAUUCGUAGAUUUUUGCAUCUUUUCGAGAUCUCGUGGACGUGUAUAUCGGUCACGUAAGAUAUAGGUAUUUGAAAAUCGUUAUGAUUCAUCGUCAAUCAAUAUAAGAUCCUACCUUCUAUCUUUUUUUCAUAUUAAGUAUCUUGAAGAAACAAUACGACAGGUCUUAUCGAAAGCGAAAAUCUACGUCAUUAACAUAGCGACGAUCUCAAAUGAUAUAUACGGGGACGCACAAUUGCGAAAGUGUUGGCUCGAAAAAUGGCUUCGUUUACGAGAACUAAAAAUCUCAGACACCUUCACCAUCAUAAUUCAUUUUUAUCAUUAUCAAUCAUAUUAUCGUAAAUACGUCAUAUUAUACAGUAUUCUAUACAGUAUUCUAUACAGUAUUCGAACGAAUUUGUCCGCUCGAAUUGUCUAGUAUUAAUUAUAAUGUAAUCUGCAAUGAUAACAAUUAUUAUUCUAUGCCAAAUAUCACAGCGAGAUAAUGCGUAUUCGUUUAUGUUUGCAUAAAUUGUUUUAGCUAUUAAUCUUUAGACGAUAGUUAUGGUGUGUUAAAAUUAAAGAAUUUAUAUAUUUAUAUUAUUAUUAUAUUGCAAAUAAAUCUCUAUUAGUACAAUUGUUCAUUUUUAACAUUUAUUUGGAUUUCAGUUAAUUUAUUGUUGUUUAAUUCUUAUUUAAUAAAUUUAUUUAAUAUUUAUUUAAAUAGAGAAAAAUUUUUUGUUUGCAUGUUGUCUAUACAGACAACGUUUAUGAAUUAUUAUUACAACAAAAUUUUAUAACAAUUAGAUAAUAUAAGUACUUUAUUUUUAUUCAUAUUGAAAUAACUAUUAAUUGAUGUUUAUAAUUCAAUAUUUAAAUCAAUAUCCAUCACUGUUUAAUAAAUCAACGUCGCUAUUCUUCCUUGUAUGUAUAAGUAGCGAGAGAGCUCAUAUAAAUAAUAUGAUAGUGAGUGAGAGUAUGUGUGUGUGUGUGUUGUGUGUGAAAAUCUAUCCACUCUUACAUUAAUUAAUAUAAAUAUAAAAGAGAUAUUAAAUUAGGUUUUUAAUUAGCAAUGUGCGCAACAUAAACGUGCAGUGUAUAUGCAUACUACAAUAUUGUAGUAAUAGUAUGACACACAAGUUAAAUUGUUACACCUAUAUACUUGAAACGGCCAAGCAUUCCCAAAAAAAAAAAAAAAAAAAUCCGAAAACGGUACUAACAACUCUUAAAAUCAAAAUUGGUGACAAAAAUGAUUGUCGCACGAAAAUCUGUUUUUAUGAUGUGAGAGUGAAUGUAUAUGCGUAUAGAAUAGUAUAAUAUGCAUCUUUAAUAUUGUUGCGAUCGUUCGAGUGUUUGACAAAACGAAUUAUACCGUGCGAUACGAUCUUCAAGGUUAACAAGAGAGAAAUUGUCGAAUUUUAUUUAACGAAAGCGAAAAAUUAGGUACCGAAUGGAUGAAGACGGUAAUUGUUGCGCGUAUUUAUUAGCUACCCCAUUUACCCAUCUGUUUCAGAAGAGCUGUUCUGAAAUCAUAUCGUAUUGUACGUUGUAGAAUUUGCUGGUAAACGAAAUAAAAUAUAUAAUAUCUUGCA